AUGGCCAAAGAUCAAAAGGAUAAGAAGAGAAAGUACGAAGAAGAUGGUGAAGAUGUUGCUGAAAGAGAUGUCAAGUUGAGCAAGUCUGAAAAGAAAGAAAAGAAAGAGAAGAAGGACAAGAAGGACAAGAAGGACAAGAAGGACAAGAAGGACAAGAAGGACAAGAAGGACAAGAAGGACAAGAAGGACAAGAAGGACAAGAAGGAAAAGAAGGAAAAGAAGGACAAGAAGGAUAAGAAAGAAAAGAAGGAUAAGAAAGAAAAGAAGGAAAAGAAGAGUAAAGUAACCACCACUAUCAGUGGAGAAGCUCAAGCCUCGGUAGGUUACACUCAAUCAUCCACUUUAACUGACUUACCGCAAUCCGAAAUCGACUCCUUUUUAGCCACUAAUGAAGUCACCAUUGAAGACCCAUUCAACUUAAAUCUCAGACCAUUAUUAUCGUUUUCUCAAAUUGAAUUGAAUGAAAAAAUACAGAAAGUUAUUUCCAAAUUCCCUAAGCCAACCCCUAUUCAAUCCGUUGCUUGGCCAUACUUAUUGAGUGGUAAAGAUGUUAUUGGUGUUGCUGAAACUGGUUCAGGUAAGACCUUUGCCUUUGGUGUUCCAGCUAUCAACAACAUCAUCACAUUAAAUAAAACUGGAUUAAGAGUAUUAUGUAUCUCACCAACCAGAGAAUUGGCAUUACAAAUCUAUGACAAUUUAGUUGACUUGACUGCAAAUACCUCAAUUAACUGUGUUGCAAUCUAUGGUGGUGUUUCCAAGGAUGACCAAAUCAAGAAGUUACGUAAUGCCAAUGUUGUCGUUGCAACUCCAGGUAGAUUAUUAGACUUAAUCAAUGAUGGAGCUGUUGAUUUGAGUGACAUCGAUUACUUGGUCUUGGAUGAAGCUGAUAGAAUGUUGGAAAAGGGGUUUGAAGAAGAUAUCAAAGCAAUCAUUGGUAAUACCAAGGCCGAAUCCAGACAAACUUUGAUGUUUACUGCUACCUGGCCCAAGGAAGUUAGAGAAUUGGCCAAUACAUUCAUGAAGACCCCAGCUAAAGUAAGUAUUGGUGAUCGUGAUGAAUUAAGUGCUAACAAGAGAAUUACUCAAAUUGUCGAAGUUGUUCAAAGAUUUGACAAGGAAAAGAUCUUGUUGAACUUGUUACGUAAAUAUCAAUCUGGUAGUCAUAAAGAUGACAAGAUCUUAAUCUUUGCAUUAUACAAAAAGGAAGCUGGAAGAAUAGAAAUGUUAUUAAAGAGAAAUAACUAUCGCGUUGCUGCAAUCCACGGAGAUUUAUCUCAACAACAAAGAACCCAAGCUUUGGGUGCUUUUAAAUCUGGAGAAUCAAGUUUAUUAUUAGCUACUGAUGUUGCUGCUAGAGGGUUAGAUAUUCCUAACGUUAAGGUUGUUAUCAACUUGACAUUCCCCUUAACUGUUGAAGAUUAUGUGCAUAGAAUUGGUAGAACUGGUAGAGCAGGUCAAACCGGUAUUGCUCAUACUUUAUUCACUGAAGAAGAAAAGCAUUUGAGUGGUGCAUUAUGUAAUGUUUUAAGAUCAGCUAAUCAACCUGUGCCUGAUGAAUUAUUGAAAUUCGGUGGUCAUACCAAGAAAAAGACCCAUAAUGCUUAUGGUGCAUUCUUUAAAGAUGUUGACAUGACCAAAAAGGCCACCAAAAUUAAGUUUGAUUAA